UGUCGCACACGCAACCAUGCGCACAAACAAAAGCCUUGAUUAAACAAGAAUUGACGUACCGCCGAGAAUGCAGGUCUCAGAGCACAAAAAAGGCUGAAUGGAUGAAGAAGGUAUUUAUCUCUUCGCUUGUUUAUUUUCGUUUCGUUUUGUGACGUAUCAAAUUACUAAGCACGCGCCCUUCGCUCGUCUUUUUAGAACCACCAUAUUUAUAAAAGUCAAUGACCAACACUGUGUGUCCUUUUAUUUGCUUGAAAUCGUACCAGUAACUGUGAUAAAAAAAAAUUGUUUCGGGAAAAUAUUCGCCUAUAAGACGCACCCAAACUUUGGCAGUAAUUUUUAGCAGAAAUUAGGAAUUUCUUGAAAAAAACGGUGCGCCUUAUAACCGAAUAACUACAGUAAGUCAACGUAAUGCAGAGUGAUGGUCGUACAGCUUAUGUGUGCCAGCUGUCCUCAAAUAAAUAACGUUUCGAUCGUCCUAUGAUGUACAAUUCCCCUAAGCUUUAUGAGCGAGUACUAAAUCGUUUAUCAUUAGUUUGAAGAUUCUGGGGGGAAAACUGACAAUGAAGAUGGAUAGGCCUGAACUAAAUGCUUUUCUACUACCGGUUCAGCAUUUACCUCCCCUAGGAACCCUGAGCGAAUUUUCUCCUUGUUUUUGGUGGUGUCCUCGUGUACCGGUACACAAAGGAACGAAACAUUAACGAACUGCGUCACAACUCCAUGUAUGGAUAUGAAAACAAUAGGAAUUCCCCCGUGUACUGGUACACCAGGACAGCCCCUUGUUUUUGUUUUUAAAGCGGUAUCCGCUGGGCUAAAAAUGGUGACAUCUAACACUUCACAGUUUCAGUAAUAAUUACAUUACACUACGCUUAUUACGAUGUCCACUUUUCACUGAAAGCUUCUUUCAAACUCCUCGAUAGCUUCAAGUGGUCUAGAAAUGUCAACAGAUCCCAUUUUUUUUUCUGUUUCCUUUUAGUUAAAGGAUUAUUAUAACUGAGGCAUACCUAGAAAUCACUAAUGUUAAAUUUCUUGAUUUUUUGCGUGUGCACGAUCUUGGAAAAUUUGUUCUCUGACAUGAUUUUUAGAAUCUCUUCGCAUGGAGUACCCGUAAUUAGGUUUGUAGUGCCAGGCAUUUCGCAUUUUUGGACUAUUUGUUGGGCCAAUGCCUUACCUAAUCAUUUUGAUAGCACCUUUUAUAUUUUAUGGAUAAAGACAGGGUACUGUUCAGUACAUAAACUAAUUUAAAAUGAUUUACAAAUAUUAAUUAAGAUGCAUCAUUGCCUUUUGUAGUUCAGUUACACUAUUAAUAUACUCAUAAUUAACAAUUUGCAUCAAAGUGUCAAUGGAGGUGCAUACAGUCGAACCUCGAUUAUCCGGACAUUGAUUAUCCGGACUUUUCGAUUAUCCGGACUUUUUCUCUGGUCCCGUUUUUUUCAUUAAUAUUAAUGACCUUAGAUGUUAAAAACUUUGGGAGGUAAAAUGGGAGGUAAUGGAAAUUAGACUGUUGAUGCUCACUUUUGCCUCAUUGGUUUCUCAGAGUUGAGAAGUAACCAAACUAGCCAAUCAGAGUGUGGGAAAAGCACUAUUCACUAGUGUGGUAUAUGCUAAUUGCUAUUGGUACAGCAUUUUCAUUGAAUGUUGUAAAAUGGAAGUCAAAGUAAUGAUGACAGCCAGUCAGAACAUAGUUUAAUUUGUUGAGUGGCUGAUGAGAAGACAAUUCAAAACAAGCCAGUGUUUGUUCUGAAGGAGAAUUAGGAAGAUUUGAGCUGUGAGUUUUAAUGAGGAUUAGUUUGGAGCAAAUCAUUGAUUUUCUGUUCCCAUACUUGUAGGCUUGGAGAAGUGAAGGAUUGUCACUAACAACAACUAGCAAUGAGGCAGCAAAAAUGUUUGAUGCUACCUUAACACAGGUUGGUUUAAGUUAGUUAACUUACUUUUUUGGGGGCGGUUUACAAUCAUGAGUAUCUUGACAGAACUAGAAAAUUUUUAAUAAUGAAAUUAGUAAUUAACACAAUUACAGUAUAUUAGGAUAUAAUUUUUUUAUAUGAACACCAAAAACUCAGAUUAAUAUUAAUGGGGGGUUAAGUGUAUUUACCUAAAUUAAUAGGUAUGAAAUUGAAAAUCUUUGUGAAAAUAUUUGCAUCUUUUUUCCUUUUUUUUCUUUUUUUUUUUUGUUACUAGUCACAAAUUUAAAUCAGUUUUUAUGGGUGUAUUUCUGAUAUCCAUUAAAUGGGCUAUAAUGACAUGUUUUUGGAAGAGGUGCAAUUUGUUACUGCCCAGGCACUUCAACCCUUUAACUCCCAAGACCUGAUUGUUAAUUCUCCCUCUAGCCGGAACACAUUUCCUUGUUAAUAAGUUAGGAGAAUUUGGUGUCAGAUCAACAUAAAAACAUCAACCUGAUAAGUUUGAAUAUUCUUAUGACCUGUUUGCUGGAUAAUGUUAAGAUAUUACUGGGAGAGGUUACUUGUUAAUCACCUCUGGGAGUUGAAGGGUUAAGGGUCAUGUCUCCUGUAGCAUGUUCUAGGUAUAAUCAUUAAUUGAGUGUACUCUGGGAGAAUGAGUAUGGGCUAUACCUUGGGUAUGACAGUAGAGGCAAGUGACUUUGGGUCAUAUGAGAAUCAGACUAGUAAUGUACUGUCAUUACUGCAAAUUAUAGUGCAUAGAAUCCCUUAAUAUGACUUUGUUGUGCCAUAAUUUCUGUGAGGCAUUUUCUUGAAACAUGUGUAAAGCAUACUGACAACUAAUGUCUUCGUGGGUAGAAAAUUUCUUCUGUUUUGUUUUUAGUACACAGGAUGGUAUGAUGAUAGCAGUGUUGAUGGAAUUGAGGGUUCUGUUUCAAAGAUGUUAGCAACUGAUCCUAACUUUGGUGAGAAUUUUUCUCUUCAACAUCUUAAAUUAAAAUUAUAAUAGAACUUGUUAUUCCCUGGAUCUUCCUUGCCAUUUUAGGGAAGUUUCUGCACUUCUCUUAGUUCCUGUUAUUAAAUGAUUGCUAAAGGCCAAUUAGUCACUAUUCCUUCACAAACAACAACAAUUGUUACAGUACAAACAUUUGAGGAGCUUUUGUGCUUUAUUACCAUAUUAGUGACUGGGUGAUUUAGGAAUACCCUGUGGUGACUGACUUUUGUGUCAACAAUUAGAGAAGAAGGUAGCAUAUUUAUGAUUGAAGAUCUUUCUUAUUCUGUUUUGUACACAAUAGGGUCAUUUAUUGUUAUCAACUGAGUUGAUAAUGUAAAUUAGCAUUAGCCUUCAUCAGCACUCCCACUGACACAGCACCACAGUUUCUUUAGAAACUUACCCCCUUUAUGUACAUAAUAGGCACUCUUGACAUUGACUAUCUGGAUCAAUAUCAGUAUCUGGGCAACUGCCCACCUACCCCUCCCCUAACCUAACAACAGUCAAUUGAUGACAAGUUAGGAUUAAUGUUGGGUUAGGGGAGGGGUAGGUGGGCAGUUUCCCAGAUACUGAUAAUGAUCCGACUAUCUUAACUCUAGCGGUAUGCUAGAUAGAUGUUAUAUCUGAACCUAGAAAUUGUCUUAGUUAUCAGAGAGAGAGAGAGUCUGUGGCUCAGUAGAAGAGUACUGGAGAAUCUGGCUUAUCACAAUGACCAACUAACCAAACCUUCAUUCUGAAAGAUUAUUACAAUAUUAUUUUAGUGGAGUGCCCCAUUUAACAGACAUCAUCUGUUUUUGUUUCAGUGAUGGGUCAUGUGAUCUCUUGUGGCUUAGACCUGAUCUCAUCAGGUAAAGGAAUCCACACAGAUGAAGAGCUGAAGAACAGCAUUCUGUCCCUUGAAGGGUUAGCUGCCAAAAGUAAGAUCACAAACAGAGAGAGACUGCAUGUCAAGGCAGUGAAAGAAUGGGCUGAAGGGUGAGUGUUGUUAUUUCAACCGAGGCGGCAUUUUGACCUUUAUUUAAACUAGUAUUUUGUUUUCUUUGAGACACAUCUAACCAACAGAAUGACUAAACAUAUAUUGUCCACUAUCCCUGAAGCUGGUUACAGAAUUUUUAUUUUGCACAAUAGUUUAUCACAAAACUUAAGUUGUGACCAGGGUUGUUAUAGGCAGUGCACCACAAGAAACAAAACAUCAGGAGGAAAACAAGGGGAUGUGGUGAGAUCAGCUUCUUCAACCAUGUAGGUUUUGCCAGUGUGUCUCUUGUCCCUCAGCCACUUGUAGUGCAGUGCCUUCAAAGACAGGGGAGCAGGGGAAUGCAUUUGAUGUCUUGUUUAUUAGCUAGCAAAGCAGAAACUGUAAACAAGUUACAAGUACAUAAGUAUAUAACCUGGAAGCUAUGUUAAUAUCAAUUUCAAAAGUCUUUGAAUUAUUCAGAAACGACGAGGACAGCAAUGAAGGCCUGUGACGAAAGUUUGAAUAUGCCUGAGAUGAAAAUUCAAGGCUUUUCCUUCAACUCUUAUAGGCUUUUCCUAUAAGAGGUACCCCGUUAUAGACCGCGCUGUAAGCAAUUACUUAGUAUACUGACGAUUUACUUUUUCUCAUUUCUUUAGAAACACUGCACAAGCAUGUCUAACAUGGGAAGAUGUAUUAGUGGAGAACCCAACCGACAUGCUCGCUUUGAAAAUGGCUCACGACUCUUACUUCUACCUUGGAUACCAACCUCAGAUCAGAGAUUCCAUUGCACGGGUGAUGCCGAAAUGGAAAGAAAACAUGCCACUCUAUGGGUGAGCUGAUAAAGAUGAAAUAAUCGAAUCAGAAGUAACUCUUGUAAGCUCUGUGAGUGUUUGAUUUAAAAAUAGUAGUAUGAGUUUACAGAAUUUUCAUUUUAUUUUACAAUUAUUAUUGUAAUAUAAUAAUAUUCAUCCAAAAAAGGAAUGAUUUCAUGCACAAAACACGCGACUGUGUGUCGUUAGAGUACAUGUACAUCUCCGUCUCAUAUUUUUCAUCGUUAUUUAUUUCCUUAAAUACAAUUACUGUGUAACUCAAACGGUUAUAAAGCUUAACGCCAAGAACAUAUUGACCAUUAUUACACGCAUACUUGUAGAUAAAAGUUUGUAUUGACAAUUGUUGUUUUGAUAAAACGUGGAUUUACUCUUCUUUCAACUGUAGAUAUCUUCACGGAAUGUACGCAUUUGGCCUGCUAGAGACAGGAUUCUACAAACAGGCAGAGAGACAUGCACUUAAGGUUAGCUUUAAAACUUUCUUGAUAGCAAGUUUGUAACUGCUUAGCUCUUAAACGUUUUAGAUAACAGAGUCAGCAGCAUUUGAGACAUGUAUCAUUGGUGUGGCUGUCUGACGUGUCGAACCUAAGAGUUCAUUAUUCUACACAUCAAUGUAACACAAAUGAAACUUAUAGCACUGAAUAACAAAGGCACAUAAGUCGCGCAUUUUUUUUGUCCGUGCGCGCAUGAAAAUCGUAUAUGCGCGUCUGACUACCGUGUGUCUGAGCGUAUGAAAUGCGUCUGCGAAGUUAAUUUAUAUCUGAGUGGUAGUAUAGAUCGUGGCUGGGUAGCAGACCCAGGCAUCGUGUGAUACUUCAAUGUUAUAGUUUGGUUCUCUGCUUGAAGAGGUCUACAUGUAUGCAGUCUAAACGCGGCGAUCCACAACUGACGUGAUUAUAUCUUGAUCUACCCUUGCAUUGGUUUUAAUAAAAGCAGGCUACCGGUGUUUUACCACCGCCUGUAAGACUUGUUACUGCCGUCUGUUGAGCCUGUGAGCAGGCUCUUGUGUUUGGUUUUCGCGUCUAGCUUUUACUCAAUCGAGGUACGAGCGGCAAAGAGGUCUUGUAACGAGAGCCUCUCAUUGCCAUUGGUUUUCGAACUUCCUUUGUUUAUCAACAAACGCAGCAUCUUGACUGGUCAGGAACGAUAUUGACGAGUGCUUAUAACUUUCAAUUUUUUUCCUCUGGGGGAGCAGAUUCCCCGGAGGGAAUGGGUCAUUAUGGGCCUUGUAGGGGCAUAGCCGCCUAUUUACACCAUCGACAGGCGGGUAUGGAAUGAUAUUUAUUGAAACCUCUGUGCCACACAGACGAUAAUAUUUUGUUUUUAUUCAAUUUAAUUUUUUUCACGGUAUUUUUAUCUUAGGGUCUGGAACUGAAUCCAAGAGAUUGCUGGAGUACACAUGCAGAGGCCCAUGUCAUAGAAAUGGAAGGGCGUCAGAAUGAAGGAAUUAGAUUCCUCAGCACGACAUUAAAUGACUGGACUGUAAGGCAUACAGUGAAUUCUACUUAACAUUAGUGCCGCAUAUGGAAAUUUUUGAGAACUUGCUGCUAUGUGGAGGACAAACGUGAUUGGUACGGCAAUUACACCGCAUCAGUCAAGUCGGUUCUCCUUGUGCUAACGUUGGCUCGAUAAACCAAGGGUAAAAUUAUAGGAAAUUUUUCUUUUUGGGGUGUACAUUAGAUGGGGUUUAGUUUCUUGCUUUUUAUGAUAUUACUUUGUCGUUGGCAAGAGUUUAACUAUGAAUCUUACUCUCUUAUUUCACCCUGUGUAGAUGGGAGCUAUGCUAGCCUGUCACAACUACUGGCAUUGGGCGUUGUAUCACAUCGAAAAGGUUUUUUUUCACUUUUUCUAAAGUUGUCUGGUUCUCUUUUUUCAGCCAUGUUUGCGAUUAAACACCAUUCUUUCUUUUCCAGGGAGAACAUCAAGCUGCAGUGGACAUUUAUGACGAGGAGGUACAGUAUAAAAUCUUCGAAGAAAAAUUUUAGGCCAUAUCUGAUUGACACAUACACGACAUACAUGUCAAAAUAGUAUCAAAAAGUCAUUUUUAUCAUUUUUGUUUUUAUUUAAUUCGCACAGUUCUUAGGAGAAUAAAGUAGCAUUUCUUUCUCUGUACAUAUAUGAAGCACAGUAUUGCGCAUCUAGAUGAUACAUGGAUAUCACAGUGCUCUCGUUAAGGUUUUAUUUAAAAGAUAACUAUCACGCUUUUCUCUCUCGCUCUAAGGUUGGAAAACGUUGUCAUUCUGGCGCCAUGCUUGACUUAGUGGACGCCUCUUCACUGCUGUACAGACUUCAGAUGGAAGGUUGUGAGAUAACGCGCUGAUAUGUUGUGCACAUCAUUAUUAAUAAUGGAUCCUUCAAUCGUUCGAUCUAUUGAACACUUUAUCAAUUAAUCAACGAACAAUCGGUCCAUCUAUUCAUUUGACAGUCAUUUGAUUAAUUAUCAUUCAGUCAAUCAACAAAUGAGCCAAUCAAUUAUUCACACAAUUAAUUUAUCUGUCAAUCAAGGCAAAUAAUUUAAGUAAUAAAUCCCUGUACUGGAAUUAUUGUAUAAUGAAAAUUUUGCCGUGGUCGAAUUAACGACUUGAUCUAUUUUCUUCUUGUUUUGUUUUUUUAAGGUGUUAAUGUAAAUGAUCGGUGGAGAGAGCUGUUUCAUUUGUGGGAGUCACACACAGAUGAUCAUAUUUUGGUAUGUGUCAUGCUUUGCGAGCAGGUUUUGCAUACAAGGUAUUAUGAUCUUCAUUAGAGAAUGGAGGACAGUCGCAAGUGUGCAGUGCGAUGUGAACAAACCUUGCAAAUUGCCAAUUCUAGUGAGGUGGUGUGAUGAAGCGUUCACAGAAAAUGAAAGUGACGGCGUUUUAAUCCCAAAAAGAUGAUGUUCGUCUCUUGGAACUCCCAGCGUAUGGACAAUCCGGCGGAAGUGACAGUUUCCAAUUGCGUUUCAAAACUAGUCAACCAUUGCUUUGUCAGUUAGGGGUUGGUGAACUUUAUUGUGUGAUUGGACCAGAAAACUCGCGCCACGUUUUACACCAAUCAGAUGCGAACCUUGAACUAAUCACGACCUGGUCACCAGCGUUUUCCUGCGCUUCAGGCAUUUUGCGCUACGUUUUUAACCAAUCAGAUGCAAACCUUGAACUAAUCACGACCUGGUCACCAGCGUUUUCCCGCGCUUCAGGCAGUCUGCUCCUUGUGGUAUUUUUCUUUCCGCUGAUUGGCUGUUGUGAUUAUUUUGUGAUUAUUUUCGCAAUAUUCAAUCGCAAAGGGCUCUAUACUCGUUGCUGGUCUUGAACAAGGAAUAGUACCUGCCAUUGCUUUCACCCAGACUUCUUCUCACCCAAAGUUUAGGUCGGUGACCAAUAUACCAACACAUGUCCUUCAUAUUCUUUUUUUUUUAAUUAUUUUUCUAUCUCAGGCUUUCAAUGAUGUUCAUAUGUUAAUGUGUACUCUGGGGGCUAAGAAGGAAGAUGCUACACUGAAUCUAAUGAUGUCACUUAGAGACUAUGUGAGGUAAUAUGGAAGAAUUAUGGUAAAACACUCAGAUCGAUCACCUCUGUCAAUAGUGGAGGGUUUAGUUAUCUUUCAUUCGUCGGUAGAUUUGCCGCGUUCUGAUUUAUUUACAGGACUCAUUUCUUAUAAAAUACACGUAGAGCUUAAUUUUAUAAUUAUAACAGUAACGGUAACGUCAGGCUCUUUCACCGAGCACUAUCCCAGAAGAAACUGUUGCAAGUGAGCAGGAAUUUCGUGUUCAAUUUCCCGAAAAGAGGCUUGGUUUCCAAUAGGUGCUCGUGAAAAUUAUCUCAAGUGACUAUUUUUAAUUGAAAGGGUCACUUUGUACAAAUUUCUUUCCCUCCCAAAUCUUCUGCUGCCGUAAAAAUCAAAGGUGGCAGCUAAAAUUUUCUCCAAGGAAAUAAUGAGCCCAAUGUUGUCACAAUUACGCCUGCUCUGCAGGUUACGUAAACGUUGGCAUCAGACACUGAGUUACGUUUCAUUAGUUUUGUUACUCAUGACUCGUGUUAUGCAGCACUGUGCGAAAGUAAUGGAAACGAUAAUCGCGAUAUCUCGGUGAUAUUUGAACGAUACUGUCCUUAAGACAUUGAAUCGAUUAUGAUUAUGGCUCAGCCAUAUGAUGUCUCUUUUUAUGUUGUUUAUGUUUUGUGUUGUUUUCUUCUUUUUUUUCUCUAGGGAUGGCUCAGGAACAAAUUGCGAAGUGUCUAGGGGGGUUGGUCUGGCCCUCUGUGAAGCUUUUGAACAAGCCGACAAGGUAAAUUCGUCUCCUUUGUGGUCUCCCAGCUUCGUCUCCCCUAAAACUUACCAAACUUUUGACUAGAUCAAUUAAUUAUGUUACGUGAAAAGUAGUUCAUCGCUCCAUAACUACGAUCAAGGCUUAUGUCGUUGACACUGUUUGCUCGGUUUUGCUGCUAGGUCGAGAAAUUAUCAGUGAAGUGAUGAAAAUUGACCUUGAUUGCAUCGAUGUUGCUUCACUCUUCCCUAUUGAUGUUGUUGUUUUUGUUGUUGUUGCGAAGAGACGGGGGACCGCUAGCUAUGAAAUAGUUUGGAGUCGCAUCUCAUCGUUGAAUUUUAGAAUUCAAACUGUGCAAUCUCUCGCUAUUGAUAACCUCCGAGGUAAACUUAUAAAAUUUGAAAACAAACAAGCAAAUUAACAGGUCAACACACACAAAACUCUGAUCUAGGACAACAAGUUUAAUUUUUUUUCUAUGUGAAAGGGAAACUUCGACAAAGCUGUGGACAUUUUAAAACCGCUCCGUUAUGAUGUAGUCACCAUUGGAGGCAGUAAUGCACAGGUUUGUGAAUUUUAUUGAAAAUUCACGCAUAUGAGUGCAACUUUUUGUGAGAUCUCGUCCUGCUUCUUUCGUUUUACCUACAGCGGGACAUCUUCAGCUUAUUCCUAAUUUACGCUGCUUUACAUUCUUCACGUAAAGAGCAUCAUUACUUGGCGAGGUAAAGUAUAGUUUCAUUUAUUCGAAUCCCUAUCUUCUCUUAUCACCUUAGAGUUUCAUCUUAUGCGUGAAAUGUAACCGAAUUUAUCUGAAUACUGUUUAGCAUUGCUUGGGCUGAGCCUUCGGAAAAGUGAGUUUUUUUGUUAACAAAGCGUCAAGCGUUGCUUCACUGUUGCGGCACUUAGGCUAAAUACAACCUACAUUCGGCGCCAAAGCUGUUUAAACAUUGACCUUUUCAGCCUCUUAUUAAUGCCAUAUUAUCUCUUUUGCCCUUGUUAAGUCAACCUAUUCGCAUCCCUUCCCCCCCACCGAAAAAAAACAAUGUUGUAUCGUGAUUCCAUGAAUCUUAAGUUACAUACAGGCAACAUUGAAUAGGGAAGGGGGUCUUGUCAAUGAUUUGGACUGUGGCAGAAACAAGAGUUCAAACAGGAUGUGUCAACUAAUUAUGUGUCCUUUUCCAUCUCAAAACAAACAAAGCAAUACAUAAUAUUUUUAAUCUGUAUCUUUUGCUGCUCACCUUUGUUCACCGAUUGGUUGCGUAACUACCAAACAUCUAAAAAGGCCUGUAAAAUAAAUGCUAUUUUUCCGAGAAAAGCCUGCGAAAUCAACCCUUAAGAAUUUAUGUAUUGUCUUCUUUCAGGAGCUUAUUAACAGAGAGAAAGGCUAUGAAAGAAAACGCUCCAAUGACAGACCGACUCAUGGGGCAGGCCCUAGCUCUACACGUGGAGUAA